CAAAAUCCAAUGAAUUUUUCUAUUAAAAUUAAUAAAUGAGAGUUAGUGAAAUACGAAUUGUAAUACGCGCCCGUGCCAGGUACACACUAGCGACAUCGAUAAAACAUCCACAACAUUUAAUACGCAAGAUUUUCAACAAAAGGAAAAAUCCAUGGCAGAAGGCAAGACAACAAUGGCCAGCGAAGCAGAGACCUACGCCACGGUAACGAACGACCCUAAAAAUGUGCAGGAACUAACAUUAUAUGUACAAGGUAUCCUGCAAAACAUCCAAGACAAAUUCCAAAACAUGUCUGACCAAAUUCUCACCAGGAUAGACGAAAUGGGCAACCGAAUCGAUGAUCUGGAAAAAAAUAUAGGCGACCUGAUGACUCAGGCGGGCGUUGAGGGCAGCAUCCAAGAGAAAUGACUUUACGAUAGAAGCAGUCACCUGUCUCACAGUCAUGAAAGUCCCUUGGCACGUUCAAGAGAACCUCAUUUGUCAUGUGUCCCACCGAAAGUACACUCAUAUGAUAGAGGACUUUACUAGACUUGAAACAGCUUACUGUAAUUAUAAUGUUAUUUAUUUCCAAUUGUUUAAUUAUGUAAGUAUUAAUUGUCUAAGUUAGUGGUUCAUUUUUUACCCCUUUGUAGAUAUAAUAUUAAUAAUAAAUAUGUGUUUAGGUUUA